GGUCAGUAAUGAUACCAUAGUAUCCAGGAGGCAGGUAAGUAAUGAUACCAUAGCAUCCAGGAGGCGGGUAAGUAAUGAUACCACCAUAAUGUCCAGGAGGCAGGUCAGUAACAAUACCAUCAUAGUGUACAGGAGGCAGGUCAGUAAUGAUACCACCAUAGUGUCCAGGAGGCAGGUCAGUAAUGAUACCACCAUAAUGUCCAGGAGGCUGGUCAGUAACAAUACCAUCAUAGUGUACAGGAGGCAGGUCAGUAAUGAUACCACCAUAGUGUCCAGGAGGCAGGUCAGUAAUGAUACCACCAGAGUGUCCAGGAGGCAGGUCAGUAAUGAUACCACCAUAGUGUCCAGGAGGCAGGCCAGUAAUGAUGCCACCAUAGUGUCCAGGAGGCAGGUCAGUAAUGAUGCCACCAUAGUGUCCAGGAGGCAGGUCAGUAAUGAUACCACCAUAGUGUCCAGGAGGCAGGUCAGUAAUGAUACCAUAGUGUCCAGGAGGCAGGUCAGUAAUGAUACCAUAGUGUCCAGGAGGCAGGUCAGUAAUGAUACCAUAGUGUCCAGGAGGCAGGUCAGUAAUGAUACCAUAGUGUCCAGGAGGCAGGUCAACAAUGAUACCAUAGUGUCCAGGAGGCAGGUCAGUAAUGAUACCAUAGUGUCCAGGAGGCAGGUCAGUAAUGAUACCAUAGUGUCCAGGUGGCAGGUCAGUAAUGAUACCAUAGUGUCCAGGAGGCAGGUCAGUAAUGAUACCAUAGUGUCCAGGAGGCAGGUCAGUAAUGAUACCAUAGUGUCCAGGAGGCAGGUCAGUAAUGAUACCAUAGUGUCCAGGAGGCAGGUCAGUAAUGAUACCAUAGUGUCCAGGACGCAGGUCAGUAAUGAUACCAUAGUGUCCAGGAGGCAGGUCAGUAAUGAUACCAUAGUGUCCAGGAGGCAGGUCAGUAAUGAUACCAUAGUGUCCAGGUGGCAGGUCAGUAAUGAUACCAUAGUGUCCAGGAGGCAGGUCAGUAAUGAUACCACCAUAGUGUCCAGGAGGCAGGUCAGUAAUGAUACCAUAGUGUCCAGGAGGCAGGUCAGUAAUGAUACCAUAGUGUCCAGGUGGCAGGUCAGUAAUGAUACCAUAGUGUCCAGGAGGCAGGUCAGUAAUGAUACCACCAUAGUGUCCAGGAGGCAGGUCAGUAAUGAUACUAUAGUGUCCAGGAGGCAGGUCAGUAAUGAUACCAUAGUAUCCAGGAGGCAGGUCAGUAAUGAUACCAUAGUGUCCAGGAGGCAGGUCAGUAAUGAUACCAUAGUGUCCAGGAGGCAGGUCAGUAAUGAUACCACCAUAGUGUCCAGGAGGCAGGUCAGUAAUGAUACCAUAGUGUCCAGGAGGCAGGUCAGUAAUGAUACCAUAGUGUCCAGGAGGCAGGUCAGUAAUGAUACCACCAUAGUGUCCAGGAGGCAGGUCAGUAAUGAUACUAUAGUGUCCAGGAGGCAGGUCAGUAAUGAUACCACCAUAGUGUCCAGGAGGCAGGUCAGUAAUGAUACCAUAGUGUCCAGGAGGCAGGUCAGUAAUGAUACCAUAGUGUCCAGGAGGCAGGUCAGUAAUGAUACCAUAGUGUCCAGGAGGCAGGUCAGUAAUGAUACCACCAUAGUGUCCAGGAGGCAGGUCAGUAAUGAUACCAUAGUGUCCAGGAGGCAGGUCAGUAAUGAUACCACCAUAGUGUCCAGGAGGCAGGUCAGUAAUGAUACCACCAUAGUGUCCAGGAGGCAGGUCAGUAAUGAUACCAUAGUGUCCAGGAGGCAGGUCAGUAAUGAUACCAUAGUGUCCAGGAGGCAGGUCAGUAAUGAUACCAUAGUGUCCAGGAGGCAGGUCAGUAAUGAUACCAUAGUGUCCAGGUGGCAGGUCAGUAAUGAUACCAUAGUGUCCAGGAGGCAGGUCAGUAAUGAUACCAUAGUGUCCAGGAGGCAGGUCAGUAAUGAUACCAUAGUGUCCAGGAGGCAGGUCAGUAAUGAUACCAUAGUGUCCAGGAGGCAGGUCAGUAAUGAUACCAUAGUGUCCAGGAGGCAGGUCAGUAAUGAUACCAUAGUGUCCAGGAGGCAGGUCAGUAAUGAUACCAUAGUGUCCAGGAGGCAGGUCAGUAAUGAUACCAUAGUGUCCAGGAGGCAGGUCAGUAAUGAUACCACCAUAGUGUCCAGGAGGCAGGUCAGUAAUGAUACCAUAGUGUCCAGGAGGCAGGUCAGUAAUGAUACCACCAUAGUGUCCAGGAGGCAGGUCAGUAAUGAUACCAUAGUGUCCAGGAGGCAGGUCAGUAAUGAUACCACCAUAGUGUCCAGGAGGCAGGUCGGUCACCAACCUACUAUGACUCUGGAGAUUGAUUUACAGAUUGACUUGGAUCAUGUAUACCUCCUGGAGAGUUACAGAUUGACUUGCAUCAUGUAUACCUCCUGGAGAGUUACAGAUUGACUUGCAUCAUGUAUACCUCCUGGAGAGUACAAGCGAUCCACAACUACAUGUACUGUAUGUCUGUAUUUUCAUGUCUAAAAAUAGAUCUUCAAACACGAGAGAUUUAGACAGAGAAUUUAGAAAGAGCACUACUAGAUACUGUUUUAAUUUGUUCUAGUCAUUUAUUCAAUUCAAUUAUCUGGUAAUCUGUUUGAAAACUGUGUGGUAAUGUGGGCUGAACAUAACAGUAGAAUCUAUCUUCAAUCUACAAUCUGAUAAUGGAUCUCCAUGUUGACGGUGUCCAUGUUGUGUUGU